AUGCCGCUUCUGGACAGUGAAGGCAGCACCGGCAGUAACCGAGAGGCACAAACGCUUCGUUGGCUUGUGAGAGCCGCGGAGCAGGAGGCCCCGCGAACGGAGGAGAGUGGAGAAGAGAAGGCCGGUGACCUGCGACUGGUUCGCAGCGCCUGCUCGCCGAAGGUUCUGGUGCCGCUGGUCCGGUCAUGCACUUAUCGCAGGGGGCCCUCGCGAGUGCUUCCAGCACCGCCAAGCGCAUGCUUGCUGCGCCGGGGCCCCAGGUUGGAGCAAGUGCCUGAUUCGCUGUUGUCACUGUCCGUGGGCUCAGUGACAGCACAUGUGCUUGCUCGCAUCAUUCAGUAUGCCUUGUUGUUGCAUCUGCUGGGGACCUUGAAGAAGUUCUUCGCUGACAAGGGUUUUGGUUUUAUUACACCUGAUGAGCCUGGUCAGGGAGACAUCUUUGCGCCGGCGCGCAACCUGGUAGGUUCCGAUGAGUCCAAGUGCCGGGAGGGGCUGAGAGUGACCUUCGAGUCAGAAAUCGAGGCUCGGACGAACAAGCCGAAGGCAACUACCUGGAGCAUUCUGGAAGGCGUCAUAGCAGCUGCACUGCCUGCGGCACCAGGGGCCCUGGCCGGCUUGGCAGGUGGCUACGGUGCCAUUCCAAACGGGUAUGUGGACCUGCAGCGCUACUCCCCUUACGGCGUUGCGGGUCUGCAGGCCGCAGCAACGAUGCCUGCGGGGUACGGCGCCGUCCAAGGAGCAAUUCCUGGCAUGGCGAUGGGUGGCGUGACGCUGUCAGGCGGACUGCCAGGCACCUUGCAGGGAGCGCUGCCAGCAGGUUAUGCUGUGCUGCCCGGCACCCCUGGUGUGCUGUCAGCGCCCACUGCAGUGCCCGCCUUGCCUCCUGGCUGGGAGCAAGCAGUCGACCCAGCCAGCGGCAAGGUCUACUACGCAAAUAGGUCAACGGGCGAGACAAGCUGGGUGCCUCCGGCACCUGCAGCUGCGAUGCCCCAAAUGUUAGUUGCAACAGCACCAGCACCUGGUGCUGCACCAGGCGCUGUGCCAGGCACUGCCUUAGGUGCACCAGCCACUGCGCUAGCGAGCGCACCGGCGACUGCACUAACCAGCCCAGCAGCGACAGCACCAGCACUAGCAACCGAUCCGGCGACUGCUCCGGCCGCUGAAGCACCAGCUGCGGAAGCAGUGCCGGCCGUAGACGGUGCGACUGCUCCAGUCGAUGGAGCUAGCCAAGCUCAGCCUCCAGCUGAGGCGCCAGCGCUUCCCGCUGGAUGGGAGCAGGGUGUGGAUGCGGGGAGUGGCAAGACGUAUUACUACAAUCGGGCGACCAACCAAUCGAGCUGGACGAUUCCCACAGCUUGA